AUGAAUGUACCCCCUUUAGCCUUAUUAGCUGGAUAUUUAGUUGAUAAAUUAGGUGUUUAUAAAGUCAUGAUAUUUUGUUCAAUAUGUCUUCUUUCUGGAUGGUUUCCUAAAUAUUAAUUGUCAUUCUCAAUGGGAUUUAUAAUUGCAGUAGGAAGAGUUGCAAUGUUUGUUUCUACUUUUGUAUAUCCUCAUGUUUAUGAUAGAAAUGGUUUAAUUUGGGAAGCUGCACUAAUAGGCAUUUAUGUGUCUAUAUUUUCGUUUUUUAGUGUUUUAUUAUUAAAUUUUGUUGAUAGGAUAUGUGUCGGAGAAAAUGAGAAAUAAAAUUGUGAAAAUAAUGAGAAUGUUCAUUUAGGUGAUAUUAAAAAAUUUAUUCCUAUUUAUUGGCUUAUUAUUAUUACUAUUUGUUUCACUUUUAUGAUUUUGGAACCUUUUAUGGCUAAUAUAUAAG